GUGACGGUAGCGCUCACUGCGCAUGCGCGCACAAUCAUAAAUAUGCGCGCUGCCUGACAGACAGUCGACAGCAAAUCAGCUGGAGCAAUAUGACUGGCUAGUUUCUUUCUGUCCUCUCUUGUGCUGUUUGUCGCGUGAGGUCAGAGGUCAUGGCUGCUGAUUGUGGCGUGUUUGUGGACUGGUCUCAGAUGGGCGAUGUGAGUCGCGACGCGGAUCCCGGUAAGAUCGAAUAUAAAGACUUAAAGGAGCUGAAGCAGCACGCCCGCUCGGGCCAGUGGGCCAAAAAUCACAACCAGCGCUCGGCCGUUUACCAGCAGCUGCUCAAAGCGCUCCCGUGUCGCACCGUCACGCCGGACGCUGCGGUCUACCGCGACAUCGUAGGCAGUGCUAACAGCAAGCGUAUCUCAUCCACUCCCCAGCUGCCUGAGUUCGUGGACGGGGUGGCAGUGCCAUUCUACAGUCUAAAGCCCGAAUCUGUGGGAUCGGUUCAUGCUGUUCUUUCCUGCAUCGCAGGACAGUUCCCGGAUAUCUCGUAUUGCCCGUCUUUACCGGCGGUGACCGCGCUGCUGCUGCACUGGAGCGCCGAUGAAGCGCAGUGCUUCGAGAGCGUCAGCCGCAUGCUGGCCUGCAACGAACCCGGGCGCCGUUUAUUAGAUCAGACUUUCCUUGCAUAUCAAUCGGCCAGCAUGACCUUCGGCGACCUCGUGCAUAAAUACUGCCCGGCCGCGCAUAAGCUGAUGGUGGCCACCGCGACAGACGUCCUGGAGGUUUACUCCGACUGGCAGCGAUGGGUUCUGGGCGACCUUCCGUUUAGCUUCGCUGCGCGUGUGAUGGAUGUGUAUUUGGUGGAGGGGUACAAGGUCCUUUACCGCGUGGCGCUGGCGAUACUGAAGUUCUACCGCAAGCAGCGCAGCGCUGCAACAAGCUCGGCUUUAACCAAACAGGACUCGGCGGCGAUCAGGAGCGAUAUCCAGGCGUUCGUGCAGAACAUCGGGAAAAGUGUGACUCCGGACAAGCUGCUGGAAAAGGCCUUUUCCAUCCGUCUGUUCAGCCGGAAAGAGAUCACGCUGCUGCAGCUGGCCAAUGAGAAAUCACUCCAGCAGAAAGGCAUCACCGUCAAACAGAAGAGACAAAAUGUGCAGUUAGCAGUGAACGCUGAUAAUUUCAGCUCGGAGAUCGUCAGCGCGAAAGAGAUCAGAGAUAUCUGGUCCUGGAUCCCGGAGCGUUUCGCUUUAUGUCAGCCGCAGCUGCUCUUCACCACAUCCACACACGGAUGCAGCCUCAACAGGUUUUAUUCUCAUUGUGAGGGAUACGAGCCGACACUGAUGCUCAUCAGGACUACAGACGGAGAGGUGUGUGGAGCCUUCCUGUCCACUGAUUGGGAGGAGCGGAAGAGGGGCGGGAACAAGUCCAGCUUCUUUGGCACCGGAGAGUGUUUCGUCUUCAGAAUGAAGCCGGAGAUGGAGCGUUAUGAGUGGGUGGUUAUCAAACACCCGGAGCUGGUGAACACGGCUCAGUCCGCAGACGAUGAACAGAACUGUGCUAAUAACAACGAUGAUGCAGCUCAGUCUCUAGAGGAGCCCACAGCAGACGCGUCUCAGCUGUCACCCUUCCUCUCCACACGACACUUCAACCUAAACUCAACCAACACCUCCAUGUUCAUGGCGGGAAACGCCGACUCCAUCAUUAUCGGAGGAGGUGAAGGAAACGCUCUGUACAUCGACUCGGAGCUGAACCACGGCCGAACCGAGCGCUGCCUGACCUUCGACAACCCACCGCUGUGUGCCGAGAGCUUCCAGGUCGCUCUUCUGGAGGUGUGGGGCUUCAGAGAUGCCAUGGCUUCAUAAGAGCAGCUCUCCACGACUGCAGAUGCUGUGGCUGUAAGAUAGACGUCCCUUCAUGAUGUGCUGCUCCUCCAGUGCACUAAAAGAUCCGACCUAAACUCCUGUGAAGAUCUCACGUUUAUUGUGUAUAUUUAUCGAUUUAAAACAUAUCUCGAGGUUUGUUUUGAUUGUUUUCUUAUCGGUGGAAAGCUGUUCUGAUUCAGGAAAUGAAGUUUAGUAUUGAAGGAUUCUGUCAGUUUCGUCAAAACCGCUUUUUGCAUUUUCUGCAGUAAUGAUUAAAUAUCUACAAGAAAUGAGGAGACUUUCAUGUUAAAUCAAAACCAUAUUUAUCGACGUGAUUCCAGCAAGGUGUUAGAAAUCUGUCACUGUCUUUUCUGGUGCGGAACACACCGAUAUAUCACUGUUUUCUAAUUACAGUCACAAGAACGUGGUGAGGGUCAUCAAAAUGUUUUAUUUUUUUAUACAAAAUAUAAUUUGUUUCUUUUCAUUUUGGGAUGAAAAUGUAUUUAUGGAUUUACCCAGCGAGUUUUCUCUGUUCUCUCUGGAAGCCUGUUUCUACCACUGCAUACAAAAUAAAAAAAGCUUGACUUUUAUCUCACAGUUGAAUGAUAUAAACUCACAAUUGUGUUAUAAUGUCAGAAUUGCAAGAUAACUCAAACUUCAGAGAAAAUUUUGAUUUCUUUUGGUUGGUAAUUUUUUUUUUUUUUUGUAUCAGAAUGGAGAGUUUGUUUCCGAAUGGGGAGUUUGUAUCGGAAUGGGGAGUUUGUAUCGGAAUGGGGAGUUUGUAUCGGAAUGGGGAGUUUGUAUCGGAAUGGGGAGUUUGUUUCCGAAUGGGGAGUUUGUAUCGGAAUGGGGAGUUUGUAUCGGAAUGGGGAGUUUGUUUCCGAAUGGGGAGUUUGUAUCGGAAUGGGGAGUUUGUAUCGGAAUGGGGAGUUUGUAUCGGAAUGGGGAGUUUGUUUCCGAAUGGGGAGUUUGUAUCGGAAUGGGGAGUUUGUAUCGGAAUGGGGAGUUUGUAUCGGAAUGGGGAGUUUGUUUCGGAAUGGGGAGUUUGUUUUCCGAUUUCUGACUUUGUAUCUUGCAAUUGAUAGUUUUUAUGAUACAAUUCGGAGAAUAAAUGUCAGAGUUGCAAGAAAAAGUCACAAAUAACUUUAUUUUUUUGGUUCAUUGGCAGAAAUGGGCUUCCAUAGUUCCUCUAUGCAGCUUUGUGCCAACUGGGAAAAAUAUAUUUUCCAGGUUCUCGACACACAGAGGAUGGGAAAACACGAGCUCUUCAUAAACCUCCAGUGGAAACAGAAACACUUUUGGGGCAUUUAGCGACUUUCAAUGGCAUUCCAGUGUUCUUUUAAAUCAGAAAUCAACAUCCUGUCAUCACGGACUCAUUGUCCUCUCGUUGUUCCAAACGACGUAUAUGACUUUUUUUCUAUAGUGUGACACAAACAGAGAGAUUUUGCAGUGAAAGUCGAGUGGUCAGAGCGGUCAAGCUGCUAAAUGAACAAAAAAAAAACACCAUUAAAGUUAGAUUUAAACAAAAUAAUAAUAAUGAAAACAGAUCCUGAAAAAUCCUGAAAAGUUGUGUUUUUUUGUGCAUGUAAUAAAGAAAGUCAUCUUGUCUUGGAACAACAUUUUCUAUGUUAAAUGCACUCUAUCUUAAUUGAAAUUGAAUGAUUUUGAUCAUAUGAUCAUAUCACUCAGUCCAAAAAAAAACAAAAAAACGCAUAAAUGCAAAAGUUUUUCUUUUGCUAAACAUGAACGGUUAAUGUAUGCAGAUUGAAUUGCGAUGUAAAAUGCACUAGAGAUCCAGCUUCUUGUUAAUCAUUCAAUGCUCUUUGCUUGAUUUGUAUUAUCAGCACUAUUUUAAGUGGGAAGUAUUAUUUUUUAUGAGUUAUCUUUUUCCUUUUGCACUUACUGAACAUAUUUUUAGUUGUCGAAUAUUAGUAACUCAUCUUUGAAUUAAUGUCAGUAAUAUAUUGUUUGUUUUCAGUUUCUACAUAUCAGUAAGGAUAUCUUCAGCUGAUUUGUGUCAUAUCUUUGAAUUGGAGAUUCAAGUGAUGAAGAAUAAAAACUGUGCAAGGUGUCAUUAAAACA